AUGGCUGAUAAUUUGGAUGAAUUUAUUGAAGAACGAAAAGCCAAAUUGGCCAAAGACAAAGCAGAGUUGGAAGGUGAUCCACCUUACAUGGAACUGAAGGGAAAAGCAUCAGAGAAGCUUUCUGAAAACAGUAAAAUAUUAAUCUCCAUGGCUAAGGAAAACAUACCACCAAACAGUCAACAGACGGGGGGUUGCUUAGGAAUUGAUUAUGGAUUAAGUUUACCACUUGGAGAAGACUAUGAACGGAAGAAACAUAAACUAAAAGAAGAAUUGCGGCAAGAUUAUAGACGCUAUCUUACUCAGGGUAUCACACAAGCAAAAAGAAAGAAAAAUUUUCUGUCUUCGGGUGAAACAGAUCCAUCCACUCUGGGAGUUUCUCUUCCUAUUGGUGAGAGGUUAUCUGCGAAGGAAAGAUUGAAGCUUGAACGUAACAAAGAAUAUAAUCAGUUUCUCAGGGGUAAAGAAGAAUCCAAUGAAAAAUGCAGACAGGUAGAAAAGAGUACUGAGCCUAAGAGUGAAAUAAAUAAAAAAUCUGUUUCUCAAGUUAAGCCUGAUUUACCUUCACAAAUACAAGCAUCCUAUAAAAAUUCAGAAGGACCCAGGAGAGAUGUUUUAACUCCUUCAGAGGCAUAUGAAGAGCUUCUACACCAAAGGCGACUAGAGGAGGACAGAUAUCGACAACUAGAUGGUGAAAUUGAAUUAAGGAAUGGAAGAAUUAUUAAAAAAACUGAUGAAGAACUGGGAAUUUCCAAUAAAAAACAUCAAAGGUUUACCAACAAGGCUGAUAUUCCGGAUAGAAGAUUUCGCAGGUUGAAUGAGGAUCGUGUUUCUGAUAGACAGUGUUAUAGAGCAGGCCAUGAUCCUGAAGUAAGUGAAGAAAUGGACGAGAGGUUUAGAUAUGAAAGUGAUUUUGAUAGAAGACCUUUGAGAGUGUAUGCAAAUGACAGCAAACAAACAAAAGACUUCAUUAGGUCAUUUGAGUGUGGAGGUGAAGAUAGAGAACUUGCUCAGAGGAGGAAAGAGAAAUACAGACUAGAACUACUGGAACAAAUGGCUGAGCAACAGAGGAACAAGAGACGAGAAAAAGAUUUGGAACUCAGCGUUGCAGCUUCUGGUGCACAAGACCCUGAGAAAUCGCCUGAUAGACUAAAGCAGCUUAGUGUGACACCAAGACACUUUGAAGAGACGAUACCACCUGAAAAACCCAGAGUAGCUUUCCAGACACCUCUCCCUCCUUUAUCUACCUCAUCUGUCCCACCCAUUCCAUCAGAUCACUCCGUCCCUUCUCAAUAUGAAGAUUUGCAGAAAGGACUCCACAGCACCCUUGGUGAAAUGGUGCCACCCAGAAUUGCACCUCUGCCUCCACCUCCCCUGCUACCACCUUUGGCUUCUAACUAUCGAACUCCUUAUGAUGAUGCAUACUACUUUUAUGGGGCCAGGAAUCCUUUGGAUCCCAGUCUUGCUUACUAUGGUUCAGGAAUGGUAGGAGUACAACCUGCAGCAUAUGUCAGUGCGCCUGUCACCCACCAGCCAGCACAACCUGUUGUGAACAUAGCUGGACAGAACGAACUGAAAACUAUGUAUGAUCGAGUAGUAAAUUCAGGAUUGUUUUUUGAAGAUAAACCAAAGCCUUCAAAACAGUCACUUCAGUCUUACCAAGAAGCUUUGCAGCAACAGAUUCGGGAAAGAGAAGAAAGAAGGAAGAAAGAACGUGAAGAAAAAGAAGAAUAUGAAGCUAAAUUAGAAGCUGAAAUGAGAAGUUAUAAUCCUUGGGGGAAAGGUGGAGGUGGUGCGCCUCUGAGGGAUGCAAAAGGAAAUUUGAUAAGUUAUAUGCAAACACAGAGCUCUCCAUUUGCUCGGGGAAAUAUAUUUGGUGAGCCCCCAACUGAACUUCAGAUUAAACAGCAAGAAUUAUAUAAGAAUUUUCUUCGUUUUCAGAUUGAGGAAAAAAAACAAAGAGAGGAAGCAGAGCGGGAGAGACUGAGAAUUGCAGAAGAAAAAGAAGAAAAACGGCUUGCAGAACAGAGGGCACGAAUUCAACAAGAGUAUGAAGAGGAACAGGAAAAAAAAAGAGAGAAAGAGGAGGAGCAAAGGCUAAAAAAUGAAGAACUAAUUCGGUUAGCUGAAGAAAGACGAAAAGAAGCAGAAAGGAAAAAGAAAGAAGAAGAAGAAAAACAUAACCUGCAACUUCAGCACUACUAUGAAAGAGAAAAUAUGAUUGGGGAAGAAGUGAAGCACUUGAGACAACCUUCUCCUGUAGUUCCUGCUCUUCAGAACAAAAUCACAAGCAAACUGCAAAGACCUCCUUCAGUUGACAGCAUCAUAAAUUCCUUUAUUCAUGAAAGUUCCGUGUCCAGGGCACUGUCUCCUCCAGUACCUGCCAGGAAAAAUCAGCUCCGUGCAGAAGAGGAGAAAAAAAAUGUAAUUAUGGAGUUAUCAGAAAUGAGAAAACAGCUUCGUAGUGAAGAGAGGCGUCUACAAGGGCGGUUGUUACAGAUGGACAGUGAUGAUGACAUUCAUAUAAGGAAGAGAGAAAGGAAUCCCAUGGAUAUAUUUGACAUGGCCAGACAUCGGUUGCAAGCUCCUGUCAGACGGCCAUCUCCUAAGGGCUUAGACCCCACCACUUUUCAGAAUAUUCAUGACUUUAAUGAGCUGAAAGAUAGAGAUUCAGAAACACGAGUUGAUCUGAAAUUUAUGUACCCGGAUCCUCCUAAAGAUCAUCAUACCCUGGAGAUUCAACAGCAAGCCCUGCUAAGAGAGCAGCAGAGGAGGUUGAAUAGGAUAAGAAUGCAGGAAGGUGCUGAAGUUGACUUGGAUGCCAUUCCAAACAUUAAAAUACGAGACCACAGCAUGCCUAGAGAUGACCCUCCUGAUUUCUUGAAAAAUUCAUUAUUGGAAUCUGACAGUGCUUUUAUUGGUGCUUAUGGAGAGACAUAUCCUGCCAUCGAAGAUGAUGCCCUGCCUCUGCCAUCUCAGUUGCCCUCUGCAAGGGAGCGCAGAAGGAACAAAUUGAAAGGACUGGAUUUUGAUAAUGUUCAUCCUAAUGUACCACCAGAUGGUCUCUCUCUAAAAUCUGUAUCCAGUGUAAAUGUUGAUGAGCUUAGAAUGAGAAAUGAGGAACGAAUGAGAAGACUGAGUGAACUUCAGAAUAAACCUAUUAAUACAGAUGAUGAGAGUUCACUGGUUGACCCUGAUGACAUCAUGAAGCAAGUGGGUGAUGAUGGAACAAACUCAGUAGCAACUGAGCCCUGGCUCCGCCCUGGAACUUCAGAAACACUGAAGCGAUUCAUGACAGAGCAACUGAGUCAAGAGCAGCAGCAGGUUCCUAGAAAACCAGGCACUUUUCAUUGGCAAGGCUUGUCCACUGCACAUGGUUAA